UUUUCAUCGGCCUUUCGUAGUCGCACGUACAUAGACAAGAACCACCGCCGUCGACGAUAGAAAUUUCGUUUUUCUCAGUUUCUUCUCUCCGAUCAACGCAAAAGAAUCAACAUCAAUUAUGGGAGAAAAAUUUAAAGGUUUCGAAGCAUGUUUCAAUAUGACUUUUAAUGCUUCUAAUACUGCUCCAUAUUUACGAGACAUGAAUAUUAACCGUAAAGAAAUUGAAAUUAAAAUUGCUAAAGGAACAGUUAGUAAAAAUGAUAUGAUGGGACAAUUAAAAUUUGAAUUGCAGUUAUUUGACUCUUUGCUCAAGAAAAUUGAUAGUAAAACAAGAGAAAUGAAAUGCUGUACAGUGCUUAAUAAUGUGAUUUCAAUUUUAACCAAACGUAUCAACAAUUUGUGGAAUACUAUAUAUUUACUUUUCGACAUCAAUGAUGAACUUGAACCAGAAAUACUUAACGUUUCAGAAGACUUUUUAUCAUCUCGCUGCCCUACCUGUGCUAAUUGUGAAGUAUCAAUCCAGAGGAUCAUUAGCAGUAUAGAGAUCAUUUCAUUUAAAGACGAUGCAAUUUUCAAUUUUUCCUCAUCUGAUUUUCCCAAAAUUCUUCAAACAACAGGGUUUGUAGAUAAAACGUUGAUGAUUAAGGAAGUAUUUCGAAACAAGAACAUCAAAGGAACAGUAAUCACGACUCCCCGCAAGUAUGGCAAAUCAACAAAUCUAAGUAUGCUUAAAUACUUCUUAGAAAUUCAGGUAGACUCUUUGGGAAAACCAAUUACUAAGGCAAAGUCAGGGAAACCAGUAACAGAUACGAGUAAUUACGAACUAUUUAAAAACCUUAAAAUAAGCAAGGAAGCUAAAAUAAUGAACGAACAUUUUGGAAAACAUCCGAUUGUGUAUGCAAAUUUUAAAAUAGAAAAUGUAAUCAAUUCUUAUAGCAGUGUUAUUGAAGGAUAUAAAGAAAUAGUUCACAAAUCCUUUGAAUUACAUAAGUAUUUACAAACAAGUAAUAAAUUGAGUAGUGAACAAAGGAAACUGUGUAAAUUAUGGUGUGGUAGUGCAAGUUAUAGAAAGAUCGAUUAUAAUGAUGUUUCACUUGGUCUCAGAUCAUUAUGUAAAUUUCUAACAAAGCAUUAUAAUAAGCCAUGUUUUGUACUAAUUGAUGAACUAGACUCAUUAACAAUAACAGGUACAAUAGCAGAGACAUUGGUUCCAGAAUAUAAAAAUAUUUUUGUGUUUUUGAGGCGAAUUUUAGUAUUUUUAAAAAACAACAAAUACGUUUAUCAAGCAUUUGUGACUGGAAAAUCAGUCUAUAAUAUUCAUGGUCUAGUGCCUUCAUGUAUACAAAUACAACCAUUUUCUAACUUUCAUGGGUUUACUGAUUACUUUGGAUUAACUAAUAAUGAGUUGGAAUAUCUUUUCAAAAAACAGGAAUUUAAAAUUGUAACGACAAUAGAAGAAGUUAAAGCUUAUUACGGUGCAUAUAAUAAAAUUGAUGUACUUACAAAAACAAAGAAGCAAAUAUAUUGCAUGUGGUCAGUUUUAAAUGUUUUGAAACGUAGAAGAAUUGAUAACUAUUGGCGAGACUUUGGAACUUUUUUUUGUAACUUUUCGGUACCAAAUAUUAGAUCGAUAAUGGAAAAAUUACUUGCUAAUGAAAAUGUCAUGGUUAUGUUCUAUGAUUCUACAGAAUCAAAAACUUAUCCAACUCCCCCUCCAGUUUUUAAUCCAUCUGAAAACCACUUUACUAAGAAAUCAUUAGAUUAUUUGUUCAAUAUGUUGUUAGACUUAGGUUAUUUGACUUGCAGUACAGCAUCAUUAAUGGUUCUAGAUAUACACAAUAGUACAAACAGUUGUAUAGGAUAUAUAAAAAUACCAAAUGAGGAAAUUAGACAUGAUGUUGACAGUAAAAUAGCAUUAUUAUCUUAG